AUGUGUAGCAACGCGCUCCUAGCCCUGUUCAUCUACGGGAUAGUCAUGCACUGCAGCGUCUACUGCUCACCUGCGGCUGGACUUCAAUACCCCGCGCUAAGGUUGGAAGACGAAGUGUACGACGAGGACGGCAACCCCCUGCCAGACUAUGCCUUUGACAGCGACCCCAUCGGGAUCGGCGACCCUUCCUCCAUGCUGGACGACAUGUACACCUUGUACUACCCGCCGGAAAAGAGGUGAGUCGCGCACGCAGAUGGGAUCUUUAAUAAAGCCUAUAGGAAAGUGCUGGGCCAGUUAUCGGCGAGGAAGUACCUGCAUUCUCUGAUGGCCAAGCGGGUGGGCGGGGCAAGCGGCCUGGAGGACGACUCGGAACCGCUUUCCAAGAGGCACUCGGACGGCAUAUUCACAGACAGCUACAGCCGCUACCGAAAACAAAUGGCUGUCAAGAAAUACUUGGCAGCAGUCCUGGGGAAAAGGUAUAAACAAAGAGUUAAAAACAAAGGACGCCGAGUAGCCUAUUUGUAG